ACAACACGAUCUGGGGCUGCAGCGUCUGGCCCAGGCACCGUUGGAGGGGUGUGCUGCUGUUCUGUGCCGCUUUCCCUUCCCUCUCACCACCAAACACAGAGCGACUGGAUCUAGAUUUUCGGAUAAGGAAUGGAAUACUUGUUUGGAUCUCCAUCGCCACGAACUUAGGAACUUUAGCGAAGCGCAGUUUGCAUAUUAGGGCUAGGGUGGCGGGGUAAUUUGGGCUUUGUGCCCGAAACCCCUUAGCCAUCAGCGAAUAUCCAGUAUGGAGGGCAAAAAUAGGCCGAUUAAUUUCCUACACGUUCCCGCCUUUGCGAGACCGUUGUAGCUCGUUGCUAGUCUCCACUACAGCUUCUGUGCGCGUAUGCGUUUCCAGCGUCUGGUCCCCCGCGACCGCCGCGACCUUGGCUGCAGCCUCUCCUCGGCUUUCCUCCGCUUAAUCAGCUCGCGACUUAUAUUCACUUAAAGCCAGGGACCCAAGUUUCUAGAACCUGGGGCAAGUGUUUUACUGUUGGUUGGAAAAAACCAGGUUUUGUGUCGCGAGGGUGCGUGGAUUGCAACACUCGCAGGCGAUUUCACUGGUGCCUACAGCUCGCCGGCCAAUCAGUAGUUUUAGUCCCAACCAACUGUUUACAGUUGGUAAACUUGGGUCCCAACCAACUGUUUUACAGUUGGUAAACUUGGGUCCACCUCUGGAGGCAACAUGCCGGGCGGGUCGAGUAUGGCAGGAGCCGACGCGCCUGGUGGUGGAAAGGAGUAUCCACGGACCGCGUCGGCGUAUCGCCUUUUAGAGGAGAUCGGUCAUGGCAUCAGCGCGGUGGUCUUUAAAGCCAUGUGCAUUCCGUUCAAGGAGAUCGUGGCAAUUAAGCGGCUUGAUCUGGAGCAAUGCAAUAGUAGCCUCGAGGACAUCCGGCGCGAGGCGCAGACGAUGACGAUGAUCGCGCACCCGAACCUGGUGCGCGCGUACUGCUCGUUCGUGGACGAGCAGUACCUGUGGGUCGUCAUGCCGUUUAUGGACGGCGGCUCGUGCCUCCACAUCAUGAAGUCGUGCCACAUGGACGGCCUGGAUGAGCCGAUCAUUGCGACGGUGUUGCGCGAAACGCUCAAGGGGCUGGAUUACCUGCACCGGAACGGGCACAUUCACCGCGAUGUGAAGGCGGGCAACAUAUUGAUCGACGCGGUGGGCAACGUGCGCUUGGCGGACUUCGGCGUGUCGGCGUGCAUGUUCGACACUGGCGACCGCCUCAUGUCGCGCAAGACAUUCGUCGGCACGCCUUGCUGGAUGGCACCGGAGGUGCUGGAGCAGCUGCACGGCUACGACUACAAGGCGGAUAUCUGGUCGUUGGGCAUCACGGCGCUGGAGCUAGCGCAUGGCCACGCGCCCUUCUCCAAGUACCCGCCCAUGAAGGUGCUGCUGAUGACGCUGCAGGGAGCGCCGCCGGGCCUUGACCUAGAGCGCGACCGACGCUUCUCCAAGGCGUUCAAGGAGAUCAUCGCCAUGUGUUUGGUGAAGGAGCCGUCCAAGCGCCCCACAGCAGAGAAGCUGAUGAAGCACGCCUUUUUCAAGCAGGCGCGCGACGCCGACUACGUGUACCACCACCUGCUGGCCGGGCUGCCCACGCUCGGCGAGCGCGUGCAGAUGCUCAAGGAGAAGGAGCUGGCGCGGCUGGCAGCGAACAAAGAUCCGAUGAACGUGCAGGAGGAGAGGUCGCAGAGCCAAUACCGGCUUGGCGUCAGCGGGUGGAGUUUCAACGUCCAGGAGCUCAAACACGAAGCAUCCACGAUCUGGGAGACGGAGCAGCCGCCCACGAUUCCCGAGGAUGAGCCGCUGCUGCUCCCAGGGGGCUCUGCGGGCCCGUCCUCGCGCAGGGGGAGCGGCAACGCGGAGGACGGGGGGAAGCCGGCGGCAGGGGCAGGCACCGGGGCAGGGGGAGGGGCAAAGGCAGUUCCCCAGGCACAGGCGCAGGCGCAGGCGCAGGGUCAGAUGCAGAGCCAGGGGCAGAGGGCGGGGACUGGGAGGCAAGAGGGGGUGAGGGAGAAGAAGGAUCUGGCUGACCAGCAGCAUUGGAAUGAGGCUCGGCGUGAGGAUCGGCGCGAGGAUCGUGAUCGGCAGGUGCGGCAGCAAGUGGCACAGCAGCAGAGGCAGGAGAAGAAACUGGUAGAGGGUGAGAGAGAGGGGGGGGUGGUCAAGCUCACAGGGAGGGGAGCGGAGGAGAAACAGGCAGGAAGGGUUAGAGAAGGGGAGGCAGUUAAGGAGAAAAGAGUGGAGAAAAGGGUAGAGGAGGAGAAGGUUAAGGAAGGUACGGUAGUGCAUGGCAGUAAACAGGAGGGAGGUGGAGGAGAGGCGGGAAAGAGAGAAGGGCUUGAGAGUGCGGGUGAAGUACUGGAGCAUUCGCAGCAGCAGCAGCAGCAGCAGCAGCAUUCAGUGGUGCAGGCUACGGAGACAAAGCAGCAUAGGCAGCAGCAGGUGGAGCAGAGAGACAAGAGAGUGAGUGAUGAUAAGGAAGAGGUGGGAUCGGUUAUGCAGGGGAGAGUGGAUGACGCGAAGUUAGGGCGUGGGAGUGGUGAGGGAGAGGCAGGGCAGCAGACUCACGCAGAGAGGGAGAAAGGUGAUGGUAUGGGCGCAGGAGUCAGGAGGGAGAAGGAGGAGAGGGUUGACCCUGAGAUAACCAAGCAGCAGGAGCAGCAGUUUCGGGGGGGGCGGGAUAAAGUGGGUGCGGUAGUGGUUAUGGAGGGGAAGGGGGGCGAGGAGGAGUGGAGGGCAGGGGAUGAGAGCGACGGCAAGCCGCAGCAGCAUGGCGAAGCCGCGUUGGCAGCUGGGGCUCAGAGUGCAGGCAGCUUUGCUCCCUUGGCCCUACGGGACAGGGCAGCGGAACAGUUGCAGCCACAGGCACAUCAGCAGCAGCAGCAGCAGCAGCAGUUGCAGCGGAAGAAGCAGGACCUGGGGGUGAUGCUGAUGCUGGCUAUGCUCAUGGACCGAGAGCCUGGCAGGGAUGCAGCCGUGCGGCUGGGUGAAGCAGACGAGGCGGCGCAGGCAAGAGCAAUGGCACAGGCGGGCGAGCCUAGAGGCAAUAUCGAGGCGGCUAGUACAGGGGAUGGGCGCGACCGGGAGGGGUCUGCUGGUGCAGGGGGGCUGGAUCAGCAGCUAGGGCAGAGGCAGGGUGUGGGGCAGGAAGGGGGGGGACUGGGUGGAGAGGGUAUGGAUGAGUUUUACGCCGCACAGGGGGAUGAGCUGUGGGCGUGGCAGCAGCAGCAGCAGCAGUGGGAGUGGCAGCAGCAGGAGUGGCAUUGGCAGCAGCAGCAGCAGCAGCUGGCGCUGCAGGACCCAGCAGCAGCGGCGGCAGUCGCAGCAGCAGCAGCAGCGGCGGCAGCGGGUGUGAGGGGUGUGGAAGGGGCGUGGUGGGAUGGGGGGGGUGGUGCGCCGGCACAUGCAGGGUCGAGCUGGUUGGUGUGGCAGGCGCUGCAGGCAGGGCAGCAUGUGGGGGGGGUGCCAGCGUCAGUGUCAGCAGCACGGGUGGAGGGAGCAGAAGCGAUGCUGGUAGAGCAGUGGAAGCACGCUCAGGCUGUGGCUAUUGCGGCUGCUGCAACGUCUGACGGCCAUGGGGGGAUUGCCCCUCCUCGCACCGGAGCUGCCGCUAGUGCUGCUGCUGUUGCUGCUGGGGUUGCUGGUGCUGCGCCUCUUCCUGUGUCCGCUCCUGCUGCUGUUGCUGCUGCGGCUGCUGCUGCUUCCACUGGGGCGUUGGUUCCUGCUGCCUCUGGUCCAGUGUCUUCUACCGAGGCAGUGCCUAGCACGCAAGAGAGCGGGGUGGAGCUUGAGCCCUCACUUUCCUGCGAGGAACCGCCAUCGCCACACGACACAUCACGCCUCGACUACCAUCCUGGCAGGUGGAACGCGUCGAUGCCGCUGAACCGGUAUGGCGAGCCCAUGAUGGACCCAACCACGUCGCUGCUGCUCGCCUCGUCCCUGCACCCGCACGCCUCGCACGCCACGCGCUCUGCACUCCUGCACUCCCUGCACGCGCUGCCGCACCAAGACAAGGCGGCGCCGCGGCACUCGCUGGAGGACGCAGGGUCGCAGGGGCACAUGGAGGCACGCUACUCCAGCUCCACCUACGACCUCGACUCCACUGAGGGCGGGUCUCUUCCCCCCACCCCCCUCGCCCUGCACGACGGGCAUGUGGCGGUGGAGACGCCCCUGGCAGGCAUCAUGCUGCACCUCGGCUCGCUGCUGCGCCAGGCCACGGAACAGCAGGAGGUGAUCUAUAGUCUGCUGCACUUCCUCUCCCCCGGCUACGGUGACGCAGGCGGUGAUGUGCCAGAGUCUGUUCCAGAGGUGUCAGAGGUGACUGCGCCGGACGCUGCUGAUGCUGGAAGGGAGGGGGAGAGCGGUGGAGUGGGGGGAGGGGAGGAGCAGCAGGGGGCGGAGGAGGGUGCUGAUGGGAGCCGGGAGCGCUGGGUGCGUUCUCAAGAGACUAGUGCUGGUACUGCCAGCGCUGCUGGUACUGCUGGUACUGCCGCUAAUGCUGCUCACACGGCCAACGGGGCUACUGAUGGCGCGUCUGCUGCUCCUGCUGAUGCUGCUGCUUCUGGCGCCUCUUCGGCUGCUGCUGCUGCACCUGUGUCUGGCGCUGCUGCUGCUGCUCCUACGCUGGCUAAUUCACAGGGGAAAGCAGAGAGCAGGGAGGGAGAAGGGCGGAGGUACGGUGCUGGAGAUGGUUCAGCAGGUGGGGGGAGUGAGUCCAGCAAGGGCAGGGGGGAGGGGGAGAGGAGGGAGUCGAGUUCCAGUGAGGAUGGGAUGGGGACGGCUGGUGGUGCUACAGGAGUGGUGAGAGUGGUUACUGGGGAGGCAGGGAAAGUGGGAGGAGAGAGGAAAGGGGAGAGUGGGAAGGGGGUGGAUGGCAGAGUGGCUGAUAGGAGCAAGGAGAAGGAGGAGAAGGGAGAGGAGGGGGGGAGUGAGAGGGGGUUUGAGGAGGAGGGUGAGGGGAAGGCAGCGGAUGGGGAUGCGGAGAAUGAGACGGAAGAUGGGCGAUUCGUGGCUGCUGCGUCGUCCAGGGAUAGCCUCGCCUCGUAUGAGGACUCAAUUGCGGAGGUGGCAGUGGACAGGGAGAAGGAUCUUAGUCAGCAGGUGGUGGAGCUAGACUCCAGGAUCGUCUUCCUGCAGGAUGAGCUCGCUGCUCUCAGGAACCAGAACGCCCAGCUGGAACGGCAGCUGAACGCGCUGUACAACGAGGAGGAGGGCGACGAGGGCGACAACAUGAGUGACGACGAUAACUCGCGCAACGGGGAUGACGACGACUCGCACAUGGACCCCUGAUCUCCACCUCCAGCCUUCUACAAAACAGGGAUCAGGCGGCUGAUGCUGCUGCUGCUGCUGCUGCUGCUGCUGCUGUCUCUUGCCCUGUCUCUACCUACACCUCUCUUCCUCCCUCGUCUCGCCUCCGCCUUCGCCCUUAUGGGCUUGCCUGCUUUGCCAUGUAGUGGCAAAGCGGGGCCUCACAGCGCGAGUUUGUCAGCGAUAAAAUCUAGUCAGAGUAGUUUGAUUAGCCAGUGGACAUCACGUGUUGCAGCAGUGGGGAUUUGGCUUGGUUCGCUCCAAAAGGGCCCUGAGUUGUCAAGCGAGCUGCCUAGAGGUGGUGGUACCGGAUUUGGGAACUGUCAAGCCACUGGAUGGUGUUGGUGGUGUGAAGAAGAGAAAGGAAGAACAGCCAUUGCCCAAGAUGGCUACAGUGGCCGCGUUGCUACAGAAGCUGAUUUGAGAUGGCGAAUGACCCCAAGAAUCUGCAUCUCUCCUGGUCAUGGGGUCAUGCGUCAUGGGUCAUGGGGUCAUUUGUCAUGGGUCAUGGGGUCAUGGGGUCAUGCGUCAUGGUUCAUGGCAGUCGCUCACAUCAUCUGUGGCCUGGGAUGGCCUCAUCUCCUCUCUUGCUGUGUGCUGCAAGUGACUGCAUGGCUGCUGGUUGAGGCCAGCUCAUGCCAUUGUGACUCCUGUCCUCUGCUCUUGGUGCUGCAAAAUGCCAUGUCAUGCCAUGCCAUGUGCGCAAGGGUUGAUGUGAUGACGCGUGCCAGUGGUGACCGGUUCUGUAUGUUUGCUUGAAGUGGAGCCGCGUACUUGGAGCCAGGAGUAGCUUGGCAUGGCACAGCAGUAGGCUAUGAUGGUAAUUGUGGCAUUGAGCGGUCUAGGAUGUGCGAGUAAGCUGUGCUUUGGGUUGCUGCCACGAAAAGGCGGCAGCGUUUUAUGACGCGUCCUAGGAUAUACCCAUAGGAGUACGGUACAUGCUCUAGGGAUUGGUAACAGGGUUUCUGCACUGCAAUGCAGUAGUGUUUUCCUAGCUGCUGCAUUUUUCCCACAGAUUUGAGCUACCUAAGGCUUACCAUUAUAGCAUUUCUGGUGGGGUAACAUGUGUCGACAGCAGGCCCCCAGAAGUCAGGAAAAUUUUCCUGAUUCAGGAAAAAAACAGGGUGUUGAGGGGUACCAGAUCUGAUUUGCUAGGGUUUUGUUUUUGGCAUAUCCUGAAAUUUCAGGGUUUUUU